ACAGAAUUUCAGUUGAUUGGAAAUUGUUGUUUUGGUGAGUGGUUUGCGUCGGUUUGUUUCACGAAUUCUUUUUAAAAAUUCACAAAUAGUUAUAAAAAAGAAUAAAAAUUUAUUGUGAGGCAUAUUGGCUAAAAAUUAAAAUGCAAGCGUAGUGUUUAAUCGAGUAGAACGAAGCUAAUAUAAAAAGAAUUAAGGGACAGUGUAGUGCAGCAGAAAGCCAAGAAUGAUAGAAUAGAUUCGCUGUAUCGUGGAAGGAAGCUGUGAAGUCGUGGAAAGAUUGAAUAAUAAAAGUAAUCUUCUAUACUAUACGUAUGAAUUAAAAAGUCAAAAGCCAAAGUUGAAAACAGCGAAUACUAAAUGAAUUUAGAGUGCUCUAACUAAAUAAAUAAAGUCUCAAGUGCUACAGUACUUAAAAGCCACCAACGCCAACGUUGAGUGAGUGGGCGUCGUUUAACUAAAUAAAGAAAAACGCUUGUAGUAGAUAAGGCAAGGAAAGAUACCCACAGAAGGGCUACAAGUCGGCCAUUGUGUCUCCAACGCAUCAUCUUUGCGUUCUACCUUUCUCCAAAGCGACCUCAAUCGGCACCGAUUAGUGUGUACGUGAGCGCCAUUCGACAUACAUACAUAAAUAAGAGGGCAGCGGCGCAAUUCUUCUACCUCUUCCACCAAGCCGCCAACUGCUCACUACCUAUUUCAACAGCCACAGCGGUAACAGAAACAUGAAUAAAGCCAGCAAGCAUAUACAGAGUGGUAUCGGGGUGACUACAUCACCCACCGCCGUCAAUGCAGUCGGCGCACUAUCUACACAAAAGAAUGUCAUCAAUUCCAUAAUGAGUUUUUUGCCCGACAAUCGGCCCAUAACAUCGUUGCAAAUUGUUGAGGAUUAUGAAAAAUGCCCAAAGAAUUUCACACCCGUACAUCGUACAUACGAUCAAGAUGCCGAUGCCGAUUUAUGGCGUGAAAAUAAUAUACUCUUUGGCCGCCAAACCACACGCUAUUUAUGCUUAUCGAAGACUGAGGGCUUGCCCGAGUACGUAGUGGAGACGCUCAAAGUUAUACCCGAGAAAACACAACCUCCCAAAGAAUUUUCGCUGCUCUCGCGUACCGCCGACACAGAACAAAAGGCGUGGCGCAAGCGACAAAUUUCCUAUAAACUUACCAAGCGCGGCAAUGUCACACAAGCCGUCACCGACAUAAUUCUGUGCUCAAAAUUAAAAGUAGCACCUGAGGGCUUCAAAUUAGCUGGUGAUAUAAAUGGCGUAUUGAUUUGUUACAAAACCGGUGCCAUACCCAUACGUUCACCGCCACCGGUACCAGGUGUCGCGUCACACUUACUAAACGGCGGCAGCGCAGGCAACAUCAGCAAUGGCAGCAGUGAGGUGGAGAAGGCGUUGAAUCGUUUAAAUUUGAGCGGUGGUGGUGGCGCAACCAACUGGAAUGGUGGGCCACCCAAGCAGCCACUACCACCUGUGCCCAGUGACCAUGACUACGAAGAAAUACAGGCUUCAUAUCAAAUCAAGUCACCGCAGCGACCUGCACCGCGUCCACCCUUCACAGCCAAUACGGCCACAAACACUUCAGGACAUAGUGUAGGCACUUUGGGUGCCUACUCUGAAGUAGAGGGUGUGCCAUUCAUAAUAAAUCCAACGCUGAAGCGUGUCACCGACAAUGAUUUACCUACACUGCCACAAAUCGCAGACGUGCUUAAGGGACUCGAUUAUGAUUUUCAAUUAGAGCGACAAAUACUUUGCACUAUGAAAUCAUCGGCAUCGAAAAAUCCAUUCUUUAAAUAAACAAAACAACACUUUCUGCAAGCAUAUAUUAAGAAACAAUAAAACAUAAACAAAAAUUA